GUGGCCGUGGAUGGCAUUGUUUAGGAUACCGAAACUAAAAAAUGGCUUAUAUGGCGAGUUUAUGUGUGGCGGUACACUCAUUAGUGACCAAUAUAUUUUGUCGGCCGCACACUGUUUCGAUAGCGAUGACCAUCGAUUGGGAAACGUUACCAUAAUUUUAGGCGAACACAACAUCGAAGAACGAGAAUCGUCUACAAGAGUCAUCAGAUAUGCCACUAAUAUUUAUUUAAAUGGUUAUAAUAAGGCAGAUCAGAGCAAUGAUAUAGCACUGGUACGUCUGAACAGACCCUUAGAUUUUAAUGGACAACACAGUCAUUUGCAACCGAUUUGUUUGCCAACUGAUGAUAGCAUUCAAUCGGAUGGCAACUCGUGUAUGGCUACCGGUUGGGGUAAAACUGAGGAAACGGGAGACGGCGGACGAACACCGUCGGUGCUUAAAGAAGUACGACUGCCUAUACGUAGCAAUGAUUACUGUCGGGAACGGUAUCCACAAGAUUUUCGUUGGAACACAAAUAUAUGCGCCGGUUAUGAUAGGGGUGGCAGAGAUGCCUGUCAGGGGGACAGUGGAGGACCACUUAACUGUCAACUGAAUAACGGGGUUUGGGUUAUUGAGGGCAUCACUUCAUAUGGUAGAGGAUGUGCCCGAGUAGACACACCCGGUGUCUAUACCAAAGUUUCAGCUUAUCUGCCGUGGAUUAAGUAUGUGACCGGUAUUUAA